CCACUGGCUCAUUAUUUAUUCUCUCUCUCACCGUGAUGUUUGAAGUCUACAGAAACAGAACAUCAGAUGAAGACUGUAAUCAAUGAGAGAAAAUAAUUUUAUAAAGAGCAACAACUUCAUUAAGAUUAGAAACAUCUUUUAAAAAUUUCACAGCAUUUUAUUCUUUGCCGGGGCUUUGGUUUUGGUCUUUUUUGUGGGGACCUUAAUCUGCAAUUCCCUUUUGGACAGACCAACACUGCAGCGAUUUUAUUUUCUUGAAUUUCCAACUAAAAUCUUACACAGUAAAAAGAUUCAUACCACACUGGAAAGACACAAAAGAGCUUUUUUUUUUGCAUUAUCCAUCAACAUACUGCAAAGAUGUGGUCGUGUAUGAAGAAUUUCUUCACUUAUGAAACAACGAAGUCGGUGGUUGUAAAAAGUUGGACUAUUGGCAUCAUCAACCGGAUUGUUCAGCUUAUCAUCAUUACUUACUUCGUUGGUUGGGUGUUUCUCUGGGAAAAGGCCUACCAAGUGAGAGACACAGCAAUAGAGUCAUCAGUCAUGACCAAGGUCAAAGGGUUUGGAAACUACAAUAACAGAGUUAUGGAUGUUGCAGACUAUGUCACUCCUACACAGGGAGGUUCAGUCUUUUGCAUCAUCACCAAAAUGAUUACAACAGAGAACCAAGUACAAGGAUACUGUCCUGAGACUGAGAAAUACAACUGUACCAAAAACAGCGACUGCAUAAAACACCGUAACAAACCAGGAGGCUAUGGAAUUUUAACCGGGAACUGUGUUCCUUUCAAGCCUGGCACCAAGAUGUGUGAGAUAAAAGGGUGGUGUCCUGCAGAGAUCGACACCAUAAGGACUGAACCCAUGAAGGAUGUGGAGAACUUCACAAUCUUCAUUAAGAACAGCAUCCGUUUCCCAAGUUUUAACUACACCAAAGGGAACUUUCUUCCAUCAAUAACUAAGGAGUACAUCAAAAAGUGUAACUUUCACAAAGUAACUGACAUCUACUGCCCUAUCUUCAAAGUGGGGGACAUUCUUAAAGAUGCAGAGCAGAACUUUACUCAGCUGGCAAACACGGGUGGAGUAAUUGGAAUAAUGAUCAGCUGGAUGUGUGAUCUGGACAAGUCAGAUGAUGACUGUAAACCAUCAUACUCCUUUACCCGACUCGAUGCCAUGUCACAGCAGAACAAUGUUUCUCCUGGCUACAAUUUCAGGUUUGCAAAAUUCUAUAAGAUGGAAAAUGGGACAGACUACCGCACUUUGGUGAAAGCCUAUGCCAUUCGAUUUGAUGUUAUUGUCAAUGGAAAUGCAGGGAAGUUUAACAUGAUCCCUACAAUCAUAAAUAUGGUGGCAGCAUUCACAUCAGUGGGAGUGGGCACCGUGCUAUGUGAUAUAAUACUGCUAAACUUCCUGAAGGGUGCAGAGCAGUACAAGGCUAAAAAGUUUGAAGAGGUGUCAGACAGUUCAUUGGACUCCCAAAGUAAUGGCUUGUAUCGCUCCCAGUUGUCUCUCAGACAAACACCCUUCAAGUCAAGUGACUCGGGGGCUUUUUCUAUUGAGCGUUACAGCUAAAUGGAAAGGAAGGAUGGCUGUGGUUUCAAUUUAUCAUCACACAGGCUCUUUCAAGGCUGAGAGCAUUAAAACUACAAAGACAAAACUAUAUAAACUGUAUGCAGUUUAAAAGCAUGACUGUCUUUGCAUGUGGUCAUGUUUAGUAAGAUUUUUGAGCCAGUUGCCAAAAGGCUAAUUAGACUUUUUUUUUUUUAGUAGCUCAUAAAAAUGACAGCAAUAAACAACUGGUUCAUUUAUAGUUCCUCUUAUACACAUUUAUCUAUCUCAGUACAAAAGCAUGAAGAUAGACAGUACACUGUAUGAUGAACAUUUCAAUGAUACUGCAACACCCCCCCACCCCCAACCCUCCAACCCACCCACCACCACCACACACACACACAUUGGUUAGACUGUUACAAAAUCAAACCAAAAUAAAUUACAUUUCAAAGUGAAAUGGCUUUUCAUUCAAUCCAGCAAAGAAAAAGAAAAACAUCUGAUCACAUAAUACAUACGAAAUGUCUUUGUCAUUGCAUACUGUUGUCCAUGAAGGUAAUUUUGGGGCACACCUAUUUGUGCAUCGUAACUGUGAAUUUGAAAUAACAGACAGUAAUGCUAUAGGAAUUUUGUAUCUGUAGAAUUUUUUUUCAGUCUUUCACAAAUACAAAACAGCAGUUACACAUCUUCAGAUUCUUAAGUACAAGUGCACAAAUUGUAUUAUGAGUUACACAUCAAAGACCUCACACAUUCCUGGGUCUGGUUGUCCCUAUGGGGUAUCGGCACCUGGGCCUGGGAGUAUAUAGUAUGUAUGGGGAGUGUGAGUGAGUGUACGAUAUCCAUUGUUGUUUGUCUUUACGUUGGCUGCAUGGGUGUGAGUGUUUUUAUGUGUAUGCAUGAGGGUGGGAAUGUGAGAUUGUGACUGUGUGCCUGUUUUUUGUGUCAGGUUGGGUCUUGCGCUGCUCCCUCUCCUGGAUCAGUUAAUUUCCGCCACACUCUCUGCCGGUGAUUGGUGUCUCUGCCCGCUGGUGUACUUGUGGUUCUCGGUGUCCAGGGGGUGGGGGCUGGGGGCUGGGUGCUUUGGUGCGUGCUGGCUCACUUCCGGUGGCUGCUUGCCGGGGCCUGGACCCUUGGCCUCUGCUUGGGGAGUGAUGUGUCCUGAGGUCUCAGGUCUCUGGGUCCAUGGCUGCAUCUGCUCGGGUGUAGAAUGAUAAUAUGAAUAAUAUGAAUGUUUCUGCAGGUGUAGAAGCAAGCAGCAGGGUGUUAUCUUGUAUUCUCUUCAUCCUUCUUUUAUUCCUCCAUUCUU